CUUUGGGAUCAGCCUUGGCUGCAUUUCCUCCUUUAAUCACCUGUCAUGAAAGCUUCCAUAUAUAUUGGCCAAACGCCUUAUGGAUGUUGCAAACUAGCACGUGCGACUCCGUCUCCAGCGCAGAGGCUAGCUGGUGUGACGAACCCAAAUCGGGAUGGCAAACUCCAAGUUUGAAUAUGUGAGGCUGUUCGAGCAGCCGGACAGUCUGCUCCCCAAUACGUGGGUCGUCGUGCGUUUGGACGGACGAGGGUUUACCAAAUUUGCCACCAAGUAUGGCUUCAAAAAGCCCAACGACAAGCGUGCUCUUGACCUCAUGAAUGCUGCAGCCAAGUCGGUAAUAACAGAGCUCCCUGAAAUCACUAUCGCUUAUGGUGUCAGUGACGAGUUUAGCUUCGUCUUCCACAAGCACUGCGCCUUGUUCGACAGGCGUUCGAGCAAGCUUGUUUCGACUGUUGUGUCAACCUUCACUUCCUAUUACAUAUACUACUGGUCAACCUACUUCCCGGAGACGCCCCUGUCACCUCCUCUACCGAGCUUCGAUGGGAGAGCAGUCUGCUAUCCCAGCGUGCAGAAUCUGAGGGACUACCUCAGUUGGCGUCAGGUCGACUGCCACAUCAACAACCUCUACAACACCACAUACUGGACCUUGAUCCAGCAGGGCGGUCUUGAUGCCCAGGCAGCGGAGAGGUCUCUUGCGGGUACUUUCGCUGCCGACAAGAACGAGAUACUCUUCUCAAAGUUCGGGAUCAACUACAACAACGAACCUGAGAUGUGCAAGAAGGGAAGCGUCGUCUUCAGAGACUACAAGUUGGAGGAGCCGGGAAAUGGCCAGGACAAAAUACAGGAGGCAGAAAACCUCACGGAGCCCCCCAAGGAAUCCAAGACGCAAGCAGAGAGCAACAAGAAGAAGCGUGCAAAAGCAAGGGUCACGGUUGAGCACAUGGAUAUCAUCAAGGAUGAUUUCUGGGAUAGGCGUCCGUGGUUACUCUCCAACAAGCCUGGGGAGAUCCCCAAGGAGACGUAGGGUGUUGCUCAUGGAAAGAUGUAUUCUCGGUCGUGGCUCAUUUCGUAAAGAGUGCAGGCCUUUAUAAUAGGGCCAUGCCUGACUUUGCGGAUAACUCGACAGAACUAUUUAUUCGGGGGUUUGGGUGAUCUCAGCCCUCGGACCCCUUGCGGCGCUCAGUUUUUCUUUUCCUCUUGGCUUCCCUCCUGGCCUGUCUCUCCUCCUUUGUCUCGAGCGCCUUCUUGUCGAUUUUCCUCCUUCUCCUAGCAGUAAGGAUCUCCUCGACGUCUAGCGCCCCGCCAGUUGACUUGCGGGCUUUCUUCUCGG